AUGGACGCCGCCGGCGCCCUGGACUACGUCAACGCGCAUCCUGUGCUGAGUCGCUGCAAGGUGGCGCUCUUCCCAUUCUGCGUGGCGGGGCAGGCGAUGCUCAAGGCGAACGCACUGCACCCUGAAAAGUUCAAGAACGUCGUCGCCAUGGUCGCGACAAACCUGUUCACGCUGAAGAAUAUGUACCUCGAGAACCCGGCCUUCCACACCUUCUUCAUGAGCGGCGGCGGGAGCUUCCAGUACAUCAACGAGGAGACAUUGGACAGCGCGCUGCGCGCAAAGCACGCGCAGUACAUCGCCGCAGGCACGAUUCAGGAGGACCCGAACAUCGACCUGUGCGUCAAGCAGUUGUGCGCGACGACGUACGCUUCGAAGGUCAAGGUCCCGGUCCUGUAUUGCACCCCCCUUGAGGACUUCGUGCCCAACCAGCGCGUCGACGCACCCGAGAUCCUCAAGUCAUUCCCGAACUGCGAAUUCCACGCCAUCGGGACCAGCGCGCCCCCGCCCUUCAGGACCUCCACGAACAAUCGGUCGCAGGGCUACAACUACUUCCAGAACGAGGGAUCGGAGGUCAUGCUCGACUUCCUCCACCGGAACGGGCUGUGA